GUCCGCUCGUGCUGGGCUCGUCUACCCUCGUCUCCUUCUCUCUCUCUCUCUCUCUCUCGAUCUCGAACCCUUGGUUCCUAAUUCGGCCGGCCUGCGACGGAACUGUGAGCGAUGGUGGUGGCGUCAGGGAGCAACUCCAACUCCUGGGCCAAAGAGAUGGUCAUCCGAAGGAGGAUCGCCAACAUAUAUAACAAACGGGAAGAGGACUUUCCAUCACUCAGAGAGUACAAUGAUUACUUGGAAGAAGUUGAGGAUAUGACUUACAACUUAAUUGAAGGAAUAGAUGUUGCUGCAAUUGAGGCCAAGAUUGCGAAAUACCAAGAAGAAAAUGCUGAACAAAUAAUCAAUUCCCGAGCUCGUAAGGCUGAAGAAUUAGCAGCAGCUCUAAGGGCAAACAAAGGGAAUUCUGUACAGUCAUUGGAUAUUUAUCCAAUGAUCAAAUUCAAUCUCUUUGAGGUCCCGGACCAAGCUCUCAAGGGGUUGGCAUGCAAAGGGCAAUAUGCCCCAGCCGCCGUCCCUGGUGGUGGUCUUGCACAGCCGCGCCCUACUGGUAUGGCUCCGCAGCCCAUCCCAAUUGGGGGCCCAGUCGAUCCCCUGCAAGGGUAUGCAGCCGGGGACGAGGAGGCAAAGAAGCUACGAGAGGAGAGAGGGGCCAGAGCUGGAGGAUGGACCAUCGAAUUGAGCAAGAGGAGGGCAAUUGAGGAAGCAUUCAGCAGCAUAUGGAUAUGAUCUUUUUAACCUGAAGAUAGAACGGGGUUCAGUAGUGCAUGCUUGAUGGUAGACAGAUGAUUAGUGAUUAGUUGGAUCAGGAAGAAGUUGUCAGUUGUUCUUGGGGCACUUCUAGUCAGUUCAAGCUUUGCAUCUCCGAGUACUAGAAGUGUCAUUUUUCUGUAUAUGGAUUUAGCUAGGAAGAAUAGCUUCUCUCUCUCUCUCUCUCUCUCCCCCGCCUGCCCUCGUGCUGCUUUUUUUUAAAAGAAGCAGGUUGUUUUAAAUGUCAAUAAAAAAGCAGAAAUAUGAUGGGCUACCGAUCACGGCGAUGGUGACAUGGAAGGAGGUCAGAUUCCAUGCCAACCAGCUUCAUCCAAGCCGAUCAAUCUCCGCCAUCAAUGUUAGGCUUGCUAAAUUAUGGGUAAAACAUCCAAGUGUGAAAGGAUAAAUAUGUUAUCUAGUUCCAAUUGUCUUCUAUUAUGAAAUUAGUAACUAGAUUCGUACCA